AUGGCGACCGCUCGGAUUUCGCCAACGGCGCAUCUUCUACGGAAGUCUCGUUUGUUUGCACUUCCCCAGGCAUUGCAAAACCCACAAGAGCCACCAUCCUCGAGGACCGUAUUCGAGUCGAACACCGCAACACUUCCUCACCCCAUCCGAGCCGCCAUUGUUACGCCGCCGAAAUCACUUGCUCGAGGCGAUUGGGGUUUGAAACGUCCACUUCCGGCUAAGGCUACAUCUGAAAAGUCUCAGAGACCGGUUGUUAGAAUUCAAGCCCUGGAUACCUACGAACAUGUCACCGACUUCGAAUCCGCAGCCGAUCACACCAUGACUCUGGAGAAGUUCCAGGAGUUGCAUAUCCCGAUCUCACUUCCCUCCAAGAUCAAUUAUGCGACUUCCGUCCUCCCUCGUCACCAGAGUCCAUUCGAGAGCCAUGUCGACAACACAGAGACUAGUAAGGGGCGUGAAGUACCAGGCUCCAAACAAUUCAGACACGCUGGACCUUGGCUGGUUGGCCAAACCGAGGCUGAGUUCCAGGACUACCUGAAGAAAGUGCGGAGCCAGAAGCCCGAGUUGCUGCAGAAAUUGCGCGAGCGGUUGGAGGCUCAGCUCUUUGCGGAGGCUCGGAAACAAGCACAGGACAACGGAGGGGAUUUGCAAGAACUUGAGCCCAUCAAGGUCACCGAUGAGCAGUUCCAAGCACACGUCAGGUCUCUGCGUGAGGAUAAGUUCGCCCUCGGCCCGGCCGUCUUUGAAUUGCUUGAUCUUCCGUCACCCCCCGCUGUGCCCAGCGAGCGGAUUGGAGACAAAUACUACCAGUCUCCCGGAACCCAGCUGUCUGCCGCCGAAUAUGCCGUGAGCGGUCCCCCCAUGACACACCCCUCCGCAGGUCUCGCAUACGCUCGCACCCAUGCAUUUACAUACAACCACCCGCAAUAUGGUCCCCAGGCCUUCCAGCGCCCCGUAGAGGCGCGUAUUCUGCGACCCAAGGGCCGAUUUAAGGGACAAUCUUCCAAGGCCAUUGCAGGUAUUGGUGGUAUUGCCGUGGAGGAUCUGAACGCCAUGAGCUUCAUCGAUCAAGGGACACCCGCUGGCUUGACUUCCUUUGACGCAACCAUCCCCGGAGGAGCCAAAUACUGGGUCUCUCCGGUCCGAGCCUCUGUCGACUCUAAGGGUCGCAUUAGCCUGGCUUCCUACCGGGCGAACGCCCUUGCAAAGGCGCCGUACGGAAUCGAAGAUUUCCGGAAAGAGAGUGUCACCAGCAUUACAUCGGCUGCCCGCCGUGAUGCUCGUUUGGUCCCACGAUUGGACAAGGGUUCCAAUUACAACCAGGCGCGUUUCAAUCCGUCGCGUGGCUUCCAACCACGGAAGCCUCAGCAAGGUACUGAGGAGGUUGCCCGCAGUCUCGUGGAAAACUUGAACUUGAACCAAUGA